CGUUAAAGGCUGGCUGGCACGGCCUCCUCCCAUUCCCAGUACUCUCACCUUAGCUGCGGUCUGAGUAUGGCCAUGCUCCUUCGGGUGGCAACCCAGAGGCUGUCUCCCUGGAGGAGCUACUGCUCCAGGGGGUCACAGGGUGGACUCAGCCAGGACUUUGUGGAGGCUCUGAAGGCAGUUGUAGGGAGCCCCCAUGUGUCCACUGCUCCUGCCGUCAGAGAGCAUCAUGGGCAUGAUGAGUCAAUGCACAGGUGUCAACCUCCUGAUGCUGUGGUGUGGCCUCAGAAUGUGGACCAGGUCAGCCGACUGGCAACCCUGUGCUACAACCAAGGUGUUCCCAUCAUUCCAUUUGGCACCGGCACUGGUGUUGAAGGGGGAGUCUGUGCCGUGCAGGGUGGAGUGUGCAUCAACCUGACCCAUAUGGACCGAAUCAUGGAGCUGAAUACAGAAGAUUUCUCUGUGGUGGUGGAGCCUGGCGUCACCCGAAAAGCCCUCAAUACCCACCUGCGAGACAGUGGCCUUUGGUUUCCUGUUGACCCAGGUGCAGAUGCUUCUCUGUGUGGCAUGGCAGCCACUGGGGCCUCGGGCACCAAUGCUGUGCGCUAUGGGACCAUGCGCCACAACGUCAUCAACCUGGAGGUGGUGCUGCCUGAUGGCAGACUGCUUCAUACUGCAGGCCGCGGUCGCCAUUAUAGGAAGAGCUCGGCUGGCUACAAUCUCACAGGACUCUUUGUGGGUUCCGAGGGGACUCUGGGCAUUAUUACAUCUGCCACCCUGCGCCUGCACCCUGCACCUGAGGCCACACUAGCAGCCACCUGUGCAUUUCCCAGUGUUCAAGCUGCAGUGGACAGCACAGUUCAGAUCCUCCAGUCUGCAGUGCCUGUGGCCCGCAUUGAGUUCCUGGAUGACGUCAUGAUGGAUGCCUGCAACAGGUACAGCAAACUGAACUGCCCUGUGGCACCCACACUUUUCCUGGAGUUCCAUGGCUCCCAGCAGGCAUUAGCAGAACAGCUGCAACGCACAGAGGCAAUCACUCAGGAUAAUGGGGGCUCUCACUUCUCCUGGGCCAAGGAAGCUGAAAAGCGCAGCGAGCUUUGGGCAGCGAGGCACAAUGCUUGGUAUGCAGCCUUGGCCAUGUCUCCUGGACGGAAGGCCUAUUCUACGGACGUGUGUGUGCCAAUCUCCCGGUUGCCAGAGAUCCUGGUAGAGACCAAGGAAGAGCUUAAGGCCUCACAACUCACAGGAGCCAUUGUUGGGCAUGUGGGUGAUGGUAAUUUCCACUGCAUCAUGCUGGUCGACCCAGAUGAUGCGGAGGAGCAGAGAAAGGUCAAGGCCUUUGCAGAAAAUCUGGGCAGGCGUGCCCUGGCACUCCACGGGACGUGCACCGGAGAGCAUGGCAUCGGACUGGGCAAGCGGCAGCUGCUGCAAGAGGAAGUGGGCUCCGUGGGUGUGGAGACUAUGCGGCAGCUCAAAGACACACUGGAUCCCCGAGGUCUCAUGAACCCAGGCAAAGUGCUAUGAGGAACUUCAAACACUUGGCCCCCAGUGCCCAGAAUGCAGAGCCCCUGUCCUGGACUUUCCCUUCAUGUCACCGACUUUGCAAGACAGAAUGACUGAUGCUGCCUCUGCCUACCAGGUAUCUCUCUGUAGCUGGGGCUCAGGUGAAGGUGAAGAGGAUGGACUUACAGAGAGAGACUUUCCUUGAUGCCCUUAGCUUUUAGCUCCAGUAGAAAACCCAGGGUGUUUCCCAGUGGAGUUUCUUCCUGGCGAGAUGGUGUGGUUCUACUCCAAGACUAAGAUCAGAUCCCUCUGUGGAGGCCUCUCCUGCUGGUGUCCAGCAUCAUUGUGACUCAUCCUAUACAUAGGGAUAGGCACACCCCUUUUCUGCAUCGGGAAGGAGCCUUCCAUUCUACAUCGUUAGGCCUUCCCCUUGUCCCCCAUCACCCAUGAAUAUGAACUCUAUUUGCAGCUAUGGAUGGAGGUGGAUGGAGUUCAGGCUUUGGAAAAAAGCCAGGCCCAACCUCUCUCUGCUUUUGCAUACUUGAGGCAGAAGACCCACCUGUGGUGGAGGAUACUUAUAUGACAGCUUCCCCAUCGGGACUGGGCUGGAACACUCUCUUCAAGCUGCUGCUACGUAGGCCAUUAGAAAUGGAGAUGAGAUAACCCUGUGUACCACCCCUCUCCAUGGUAUAAUGCAGUAUCCACCAACUUUUACCUUCAAAGUCAGGGGCUUACCCACUUUGGGGCCUGACAGUUUUGAGAUUCCCUGGCCAGAGUGCUUGUCUGGAGGUACGUGGCAGUUGUUCCCCAGAAGUCCACAAGAGGGCGCGUGACACCACAAAUCCAAAACAGCAUUUUUUUUUUUUUUUUUUUUUUUGGUUUUUCGAGACAGGGUUUCUCUGUGUAGCUUUGCGCCUUUCCUGGAACUCGCUUUGGAGACCAGGCUGGCCUUGAACUCACAGCAAAACAGCAUUUUAGGGACAGCUGCAGUCUCUGGCACUGGUAUCUGCAGUUUCCAGCCUUGGGCCAGGUGGCCAGUCUUUAGACCUUUUACCCCUUGUGGGUCCCAGUCAACUGUAGCACCAUCUCCCCUACUUAUAGGUUUUUGGGUUGAAAAAAGCAAAGAAAACGGGAAGGAGCCACGGGCAUAGGAAGCAGCAGCCUCUUGUACCCCCCAGCUCCUAACCACUUCUCCCACCAUGCUCCCGGGCAGACAGAGGCCGCCAUGGUUACGUUGUCAGUCCAAAUUCAGUUCUGAGGACCCCUUCUCUCUGAUGUCUGUCUCAUGGUUCUCUCCCAAACCACUUCAGGAUGUAGAAACCCAAACAUCACUCAAUCACCAGGGAAAGAGUUUUAGUGAACUCUCCCCCAGACAAAUGCUUGCCCCUCCCACAACCCCUCCAAUUGAGUUCUGCUGGGAAGGGUUCCCACACACCCUCCAGCAACAGGCGACUAGUAGGAACUCAAUAAACAGCCAUUUCCCCACAAUUUCUUUUAUUAAAGAAACUUCGAAACAUACAGAAAAGUUGAAAGAACAAGUACACUAUUCACUGAAAUAUCAGUCGUUGAAGAUUCAACAAUGGACAUUUUUGUCUUA